AAAAUUGUAUUUGGCAAAAUUAAUUUGUCUUUAAUUCUCAUACUAUAGUAAAUACUCUUUUCAUAUAUUUUUAUAUAAGGCAUGUAUACUGGUAGUCACAUAUUAAGUAUAAUUUGUUUUAUCUUCAUUUUAAAAUAUUGGAAAGGCUACUAGUCAGUCAGUGGAGGAAGAACAGGCGAAGAUUCAAACAUUUCUGCACAGACUCAGUCUGGUUCAUGUGCAGUGGAGAGACAAGAAGUAAAGUUUCAGUGAUGGAUCACAGCAUUUCUAUGGACAUUGCCGCAUACGGACAGUCAGUUGCUGCAAAUUUGUAUUACAUAGAACAACUUACUGUCAAGCAGAAUCAACACAUGAGACUGGUCAUUCGGUUUUAACAUCCUGAAUACAUCUUUUCUUGCAUUUUUUUACAUUUUGCUUCUUUAAUUUUAUUAUGAAGGAAUCCAUUUUCUGUGCGAUGUUUCCCAUCCUGUCCACAAAUGCACCCAGUAUUGGGAGACACACUGAGUUGUGUGCUCCCCACUGACAUAAUAGAGGCUGGACUAUGUGGGGAAAUGAGCAUGGUUACCAUGGCAACACUUGCACCCUGUAUGGAUCAGUAUUCCAACUGGCCCAUUCAUCUCUCAUGCAUACGGAUAUCCUUCGUAAUGGUCAUAUAAUAACUGUUAUUAAAAUUUAAGAGCAUGCAAAUGAUUUUAGGCUACUUGCCUUAUAUAUGAUCAGUCUUUUUAGGUGAUUCUGAUACAUUAUUCAUAUUAAUGAACAGAAGAGAUAUUUUGUUUUCCCUGACGUUCAUCACACAUGCUAGUGUACAGUCCAUGUGGCAUGCCUCUAAUGCAACAAACACAGAUGAGUUUCCUCCAGAGUUUGGCUUCUUCACUCUCCUGGGCAGAUCUCGGCUUUUCUAAAGUCUGUUGUAUGGAAGCACAAAACAUCCAGGGUAAAUGACAGGACUAAAUGGAGAGAAAUUGGUGAAACUGAGAGCCAAUUCACUCACUGCGUUGUAAUUUUAUGGAUGGCAGCUUUGCUGCAAAGCAUAAAGGACACUGUGCUACAAAUCACUACUGGUUUUGAGGCUAGUUUAGACAGUUAUCCAACAUGUGUAUAUAUUAUUUAAUUCUGGCUUUUCUCUUUAUAGGCUGUCUGUGUUCUGAUGUAGAAUUCUCUGUUGAAACCGACUACAGUCAGGAAACAGGAUGUAGUAAUGCUGUAGAACAGACUCUGACUGUCUUCAUUUUCACUCAGUACACUGACCCCUUCCGCUCCCAGAUCCCUGACUUCAUAAGCAGUGAGGAACUUUUCGAGAGACACUUGGAUGCAGUUUUUUGGUACAACGGAGAUCAAGUGAGGGCGACUCUACAGUCUACCAUGAUAAAAACUCUGAAAGGAUUCCAGCAAAGACACGCUGCCAGGCAGAAGUUGGAUUCUGCCAUAUCCAUCGUCUUGAGCUCAGUGAACAGUAUAAUUGCCAGCAGCAGCAGUGGAGAGUUUCGAAGAGCCUGUUUUGAUAGCAUGAGGGUCAAGAGCUCCUGUGAGUUACAUGUAUCUCUUCAACAGUCACUUCAAAGCGUUGUGGAUGGGCGCUUUGCUCCAAAGCGCACGUGUAGCAAUGAAAUGGUGGAGGAGGCUGUUAGCACUGAACAAAGUAGUCUUGACAGCUGGGAGAAAGCAUUUGAAAAUCCACCAGAACUGUCUUCUAAGAGGAUUCACCGUGACCUUGAAUCCUUCAGCUUUAUCCCUGAGAAGAGGCAAUGCUCAGAGCCAUUCUCUGAGAACUCAGACACCUUCGUGAAGAGUGCCUUUGAGGCAGCAAACAUCCAGAGAAGUCCCCUGUCUCCUAUACAGCUUCCUCAAAGUCAGCAAACUGGAAUGAUCGCAGACAUACCCUCAGUGCUGAGCCUGGCUAAACUAAACAAUGAACAGGUGGAGAAGCAGUGGGUUCAAGAGCUUGAGAACUUUUCUGAAUGGGACUGAGAAAAAAUACUUGAGAUCAACAUUUCUGUUGUUGCUUUUUUUUUUUUAACAUCUUCCAAACAUGUUGAAAAAAAUUAUUUUAAUUAUCUUUCAAUAUUCUACUACUAUGUAUGCUUAAGACAGAAGUCUUUGUUGUAAUUUAAUAGUAUUUUAUUUAUUAUUUUGUAAGCUACAUUAAAAGUCACCUGUUUUUAAUAAAUAUAUCCUAAAUGCUUGA